AUGUCAUCUUUACAAUUUCAAUUAUCUCAAAAAUUAUUAUCUGACGGUGGAUAUUUUCGUAAGCUCAAAAGGAUCUCUUUUGGCACUUGUAUUACAAAAUGGAAUAUGGAAUUCGAAAAACGUUAUGGAAAUUAUGGGUUGCAAGAAUUUGGUUUGGCAGUUUUUUCGCCACUUUUCUGA